AUGGCAGUCGAGAAUGAAGAAAUUGACACAAGCAUAGGAGCUGCUGGCGAUUGCUACAUUAACCCAAAGGAUAUCAUCUGUGUCUACUUCUUCAAGCUGAAAGAAUUCUGGGCAGAAUUCGAUGCUUUUAUGCCCUGCCCUAGGUGUGGUUGUGAUGAAUCAAAAAAAUAUGUUGAACAUUUCCAGUAUCAAAGGAAAGCAGAAGAUCUAUGUGCCAUUCAUCACAGGUCUCUGAAGUUGCUUAAGGCAUUGCCUUGUUUAGUAGAAAAACCACAGGAAUACCAAAUAACAAUACUAGUAUGUUCAGUGGUAAAGGGUACAAUAAUGCCACAGGAAAUUAUACUCAUACUCGAGGACUCAACAACAAUUAUCCUAGUGGAUAUAGUUAUACUGGAGGAAGCAAUUACAGGUACCUCACAAGUUCAACAAGGUGCAAUGCCUGGACAGGGGACUCAUAAUGUGAUGCUCAAUAUUCCACACUUUAUUCAAGAACAGUACCGUCAGAUAAUUCAGCUACUGGGAAAAGAAAGUGAGGGGAACAACUCAACUAUAACUACACCAUUGCCAGCAGGUAUGACAUCUUGUGUAGUGACUCCAGAAGUGUUGGCUAAGUGGAUAGUGGAUUCAGGUGCCUCGAGUUAUAUGGUACACAGUCUUGGCUUAUUAGUUAAUCCUAAGAGGUUGAAUAAUGGUAAGAAUGGUACAGUUCAACUUCCUACAGGAAAUGCUGCUUCCUUAAGUCACAUAGGAUCAACUUAUAUUAACCAGGGCCAAACAAUUAGUAAUGAACUCUCCAGUGGACAGGUGAAGGGGAUUGGUAGAGAAGAUGAUGGUCUUUAUAUUUUCUAUUCUGCAGGGGUCAAUACAACUGACAUUCAAGCUGUAGUUCCCAGACCAAUUCCUAGGCUAUCAACUCAAAAGAACUUACCUACUGUUAAUAUGAUCACUAAGAAUAGAAUAAAGGAUGUUGCCUUAUGGCAUAAGAGGUUCGGACAUGUGCUUACAAAGACCUUGAAAACCAUGAAUAUCUAUUCAGCAUAUGUGAAAGUUUUUCGAUCAGAUAAUGGCAGUGAAUUUCUCAACUCUCAAGGUGGGUGUGUCACCAAUGUUGUGUAUAUUAUAAAUAGGCUACCUUCAACAACCCUUCAAGGAUAUGUAACUGAUGUGAGAAGAUCAGAUAAGUUUGCUCCUAGAGCUGUUCCAGCUGUAUUUCUAGGCUAUUCUAUGACACAAAAGGGCUACAAAAUGUAUAAUCUUCUCUCAAAAGGCUUUACUAACAAGUUACCUCCAUAUCAUGUUGCACCUAAUGUUGCAUCACCAGAUGAUGCACCUCCUCACAAUCACUCAGAGAGUGACACCUUUGCACUCUAUGAGGAUGAUGUAGAGUCUUAUGUUGAUCCUCUUGCUCAUUCAGUAGUCAUCCCUGCUGAGCCAAUAUUUUCUAUAUUGGCUAUUGCUGAACUUGUUGCUAGUAGAAGAUCUAGCAGGGACAGCCGACCACCAAUUUGGUUGAAGGACUAUAUGUACCACUGCUUGGCAGCAGCAAUUGCCAGAACAGAUCUUACUGUGACCAUUUUGGUCACAGGAGAGAAUGUUUCAGUGUAA